GCCGCUAGGGGUAGCGGCGGCGGCUGUGGUCUGAGAGCGUGGCUGCUUUGAGGGCGCGGAAGCCAUACGGUGUGGGGACUAGGGCUGGCAAGAGGGUGGGAAAACCGGCGAGAGAGGAGGGCGGUGCCGGGGAAGGGCGGUGCCGGGGAAGGGCGGCGCGUGGCUGACUCAUCCCUCUGGAAGAUCAGACUGACAGACACAAACCCUUGCCGAACCCGCCCGCCCGCGCCGCUCCUCUUUGGUUGGGAGGCGCCCGCCCGCACUGCCCGCCCGCCUUCUCCGGGAGCGCUCUCCCGGCCCGGCCGCCUCAGAGAAAGUUUUUGUCGUCUGGAGGGACCGGAGGCGCCGCGAGCCUUUGGGAAGGGAAGGAGGACUGAAGAGGAGGCUCCAGCCGCGCGCGCCCGGCGAGUGCAUGGUUCCCGGCGCCUCGGCUGCCUGUCAGGAGGACAUCGGGGCGGGGUCGGGCUGAGCCCAGCUCCUUCUUCCCGCGGGUUCGCCAGAAAUCGCCCUCCCGGACUGCCGCGGGGCGUCCCCGCUCCUCAGCCCGCCAUGUCCCGGCUGCUGCCGCUGCUGAGGAGCCGGACCGCGCACAGCCUGAGGCCGGGCCCGGCCGCCGCGCCCCGCCCGCCGUCCUGGUGCUGCUGCGGGCGGGGGCUGCUGGCGCUCGCGGCCCCGGGCGGCCCCCGGGAUCUGGGCACCCACCCCAAGAAGGAGCCCAUGGAGGCGCUGAACACGGCGCAGGGCGCGCGGGACUUCAUCUACAGCCUGCACUCCAGCGAGAGGAGCUGCCUGCUCAAGGAGCUGCACCGCUUCGAGUCCAUUGCCAUCGCCCAAGAAAAAUUGGAAGCUCUACCACCCACCCCAGGACAGCUGAGAUAUGUAUUCAUCCACAAUGCGAUACCUUUCAUAGGGUUUGGCUUUUUGGAUAAUGCAAUUAUGAUUGUUGCAGGAACCCAUAUUGAGUUAUCUAUUGGAAUUAUUUUGGGAAUUUCAACUAUGGCAGCUGCUGCUUUGGGAAACCUUGUGUCAGAUUUAGCUGGUCUUGGACUUGCAGGCUACGUUGAAGCUUUGGCUUCCAGGUUAGGCCUAUCAAUUCCUGAUCUCACGCCAAAGCAAGUUGACAUGUGGCAAACACGUGUUAGUACACAUUUGGGCAAAGCUGUUGGGGUGACUAUUGGCUGCAUUCUAGGAAUGUUUCCUUUGAUUUUCUUUGGAGGCGGUGAAGAUGAUGAAAAACUGGAAAAGAAAAAUUAACUCUCUUAGGAUACCUAUAAAAAGAUGUAAACUAAUGUACCUCAAUUAUUAAAUAUGCUGUCACAACAUUUAGGAAUUAAGACAGUAACAGUGCAUAGAUAUGGGAUCAACUAAUUCAGCAUGUAUUAUGGAAAACACUAACUUAUUGUGGCUUGGUUUUCUUGGGACAUCUUUUUAAAAAAAAUUUUGUGUAAAUUGUUGAUAUGCUUUUUCAUCAAUGGCAGUCAACAUUUUACCUUUUCUUUUUCUUUCUUUAUAUACCAAAAUAUCAUUUAAGUAUCAGUCAUUGAUGUGCUGUGCUGACUUGGGGUUUGCCUAUUUGUUACUUACCACGUGUACAUGCAUGAACGCAUUUUCUGUUGUUGUUCCCUUAUAGUUACAAUUCAACCUUAAGAUUUUUUCCAAAUUACUUAAGAUGUUUAACAUCAGUUAAAGAUUUUUUUUACUCUUUUUGGCAACAUCAAUUUUGUACUGUUUCACAGUAAACAUUUACAAUCAUUUCAGUCAUUUAAAAAAAAACUCUCACAUCUAUUCAAAAUGGACAGAGACUUUAAGUAUUUUAAGUACCUAUCACUCAUUUUAAUUUUCAGACCUUAUUGUCUCAAGAGCCGGAGAUUAAUCAGGAUGAACAAUUAUGUGGUCUCCCUACCACAUAAAACCAUAUAUGUUAACAAGUGUAUUAUUUUGAAUUGUUUUUUUUACCAAUUUAAUUUCUCAGUUUUGAAUAAUUACAUAGUGAUUUCUGACUCCUAAGGGAAAGUCAUUAUUUUAGAGUAUUUUGGGUUUUUUUGUUGUUUUUGCAGUACAUGGGCCUCUCACUGUUGUGGCCUCUCCCGUUGCGGAGCACGGGCUCCGGACGCACAGGCUCAGCGGCCAUGGCUCACGGGCCCAGCCACUCCGCAGAAUGUGGGAUCUUCCCGGACCUGGGCAAGAACCCAUGUCCCCCUCAUCGGCAGGCGGACUCCCAACCACUGCGCCACCAGGGAAGCCCAUUUUAGAGUAUUUUUAAUGGGGAUUGUGGAAUUAAUGUGUGAACUAAGGGGUUUGACAUGACACUUGGAAAAUUAAGAGGCUAAAAAAAUUUUUUUUCACAUUAGUAUAAAAUGGAAACUGUCAAGAAGGUUUAUGGUAUGAGUGGUGAAGUUGAGGUGAUAUUUGUAAGGUUAAUAAAAUACAAAUAAUACUGUUUGGGAAGGCUUUUCCCCCCACAAAUGUCUUCUCAUCUGAAUUGAAUGAGUUUGAGUACUCAUAAUUUUGACAUUGUUAUAUCUUCUUUAGCAGAUUUUAUUUCUGGAUAACUUCUUUUGAGGUGAAAAAUAAAUAUUUUAUAUUUUGCUUUUUGUUAUAUAUAGCCUAGUGGUCAAAAGACAUAUGAGGAGAAAUUCUUGCUCCCUUUUUUGGUCCCUUUUCUUUUUUUGUGGUGUUUAAAUCAUAUUUUAGAUUGAAGUUACUUAUGUCCAGUCUUGUGUAUCUGAUUUAGGCAUAGAUAGGAUUCAUAUCUAUACUUGUGAAUCAUAAAUUUUAAUUUUAUGAACCUUAAAGUUUGUUAGCAUGUGGUCUGUUACACAGGCUAAAAAAUUACUCUUAAUUGUAAGAGUUGUUGAACACAUCAUGGAGGAGAAAAACAGAAAUUAAAAUUACUAUUUGGGCCACUGAAAUUAUUUAUUUUGCUAAAUAGAUGCAAAAGAAGGGAAACUUAAAGAUGGCUCUAUUUACAGCUAUCUUAUUUUUAAAGUUUUAUUUGCACAUAUUUACUUUGAGGUUUUAUUUUCAGAGGAGCUGUUUUUUCUCACAAGGCAAUUUGUCAUAAAUUCUCUUCUGUGUACUUCAAAAUGAUUUUAAUGGUAUCCUUUAAUCAUAGAUUUUUGAGGGAAAAAAUAAAUCAUAGAAAAUAAAAAUAAAUAUAUAACAUUCUUAUUAUGUACAAAUACUAUGACAGUCUCAUUUGAUCAAAUUAGAAUUAUAAAACUUAAUGUUUUAAAUAGAACUGUGGUUUGUAUCUUCCACAUAAUACCACAGACACACCAAAAUUUUUUUUUAUUAUUUCAGAUGAUAGGAUUAGAGUGAUUAUUUAAAAAAAAAAAUUUUUUUUUUUUUUGGUAAAUGUUUAAGUGUUUUUGUCCCUAACUGUAAUGCCAGUCCUUUCUGUUCUCUAAAAACAUAUUUUAUUGUGGUGCUUAAAUUUUCUUUUUAUUAAUUAAAUCCCAUAUCCAGAAACUUUGCCUGUGAGUUUAGAAAGGGCUUUUGAUUAGUGCUUUUAUUUUUUUUGCUCGUGAAAAUAACCCAGUCCUACAGAAUCUUUUUAGCUGAGCGUCUGUAGAAUUAUUUAAAAUGUCAAAAUAUGGAAUAUAUAACCUUCAUAUUGAAAAGUAUUUUAAUCUAUGGACACAAUAAAAAUUUGCAUCAUUCAGGUAAUUAGUUUAAAAAAAAAUGGAGCCCUUUUGUCCUUAACCUAAGGUACACAUUUUUUUCAAGAUCUUAUUCUAUAUACUAGUAUGGUGCUUUGCACAAAGUGACUUCUGAAAAAUGGUUCCCUUUAAGGUAAUGACUUCAUAUAAUCAUUGUUUCAUAUUACUUGUCACGAGGAAUUUUAUUUCAGAUUGAAACUGGAAUUCUUAUUUCUCAUAUUAGCUAUUUCUUUUUUGGGAGCAACUAUAACUAUGGUUAAAUGCAACAUGAGCUGUGUCAGUACUCUUCGUUUGAAAUUCAUAUUGUCUGUGUAUUAUGAUUUAUUGACUUGUUUAUGCAUGUAAAUUAAGUGCAUUUUGUUGGCACUGUAUGUUAAAUGGUGACCAAUGUUUUUACAAAGGAAUUGAACAAAGAAAAAUACCUUUUAAGAAA